GCAACACAAUGACGUAGCACGCAGCUGCCGUGUUUGGUUGUGGACGAAGAAAAUAAGCUAGGAAGGAAACCUCUAGCAUCGUAGAUAAACACCCUGAAGAGGUGUGCACCCAGCGAGCAAACAGCUGUCACAACACCAAGAGAACAGUACAAAAGACCCGAUUGAGUCCUUCAAACACCGAGGGUCAACAUGUCUGAGACAUACGACUUCCUGUUUAAGUUCCUGGUAAUUGGCAGUGCUGGGACGGGGAAAUCCUGCCUCCUCCACCAGUUCAUUGAGAACAAGUUUAAGCAGGACUCAAACCACACCAUCGGCGUUGAGUUUGGUUCCAGAGUCGUCAAUGUUGCCGGAAAGACGGUCAAACUGCAGAUCUGGGACACUGCCGGGCAGGAGCGAUUCCGUUCUGUUACGCGCAGCUACUACAGAGGAGCAGCUGGAGCGCUCCUGGUUUAUGAUAUUACCAGUCGGGAGACGUACAAUGCCCUGACCAACUGGCUGACAGACGCACGGACCCUGGCCAGCCCCAACAUCGUCAUCAUCCUGUGUGGAAACAAGAAGGACCUGGAUGCAGACCGGGAGGUGACCUUCCUGGAGGCGUCGCGCUUCGCUCAGGAGAAUGAGCUGAUAUUCCUGGAGACCAGUGCUCUGACAGGGGAGAAUGUCGAGGAGGGUUUCCUGAAGUGCGCUCGCAUCAUCCUCAACAAGAUAGAGUCAGGCGAGUUGGACCCGGAGAGGAUGGGCUCAGGGAUCCAGUACGGAGACGCUUCGUUGAGGCAGCUGCGGCAGCCGAGAGGCACCGCCACACCCGUCAAACAGCAGUGUAAUUGCUAGGGUUCGGGGCCCUCCCCUCAGCCCACAGGCCCACACAGACAGCACCCCCCCUACAGGUGUUUUUUGGUGUGUGUGACCCUUCUCUCUGCAGUCUCACACACCUUACAUCACCUGGCAACCCCUGACCUCUGGUAAGACUCUUCUUCUAACCUGAGGGGGGCCAGCUGUGCCCUUGUGUCUGCGCAGGGAAACCCCUCAGUGUGAAGACGAUAAGAUCACAAAGAAGAGAACAAAAUGGCUUCCCUGUGACUUACCAGAGAAGGACGAGUCGAGGGUUGUGUGUCGACUGCCCUGCUGUUUAUCUGUGUGUUUUUCAUUCUGGUUUUAGUAACACCGACAUGCUUCAUACCAUUGCAUAUCAUUGUUUCUAAAUUAUUAUUGGUGAUCUAUUUUGCGCAUACUCAUUGUUCAACAUAUCUGGAAUUGAUUCAUUAUAACAUCUUAAGAGUUUUUAUAUUGGUAAAGUCACUUGUUGAUUUUUAUUUGUUGUUAUUUAACUGUAAUGUUCGGCCUGUGAUUGAUGGUGAUGUGAGUAACAGUCCAAACACAUACUCUUAAAAAGUUAAACUGCGCAGAUUUUGAUUAAGAAUGAAUGUAGAUAUUGAAAAACAGAUGCAUCCCUUGUGACUGUGUCUGCAGAUUUUUCCGAUCCAAAUGGAAACAGUUGAGCUCAAACAUGGUAAUUCAAAAUGUAAAGUCAUACAGACCCAGAUUUAGAGCCCUGUGUGUUUUACGUUGAGUCAUUUGACAUUUUGAUUCACAUUAAAAUGCACUAUUGUGACAUAGAGUGUUGGCCAUAGUAAUACACUUGAUAUUGUGGGUCUACAGUAUAUUUUCCCUACUCACCACGUCUGUAAACUGUCGAGGGGAACUCCACACACUCCUGUGGGUCAGGUUUAAAGCACAAAAGAGAGGUUUUGCUCUUGAUUUAACUCCAAAGUUCCCAAAGUCUGCAGCCUCAGAUUUAUCCCGUGAUAAAUUCCCAGCGUCUCUGGUCCUAUCCCGGUGUAAGGUUAAGAAAGGGUCAUCAUUUUUUGAAAAACUAACAAUGCCUUUGACUCCUCCUGCUGGGCUUUUUCUCCAUUUUCUUUCCUUUUAUUCACGCUGCACAUUCUGUGUCGGGGGACGUCACAGGAAACCACAGUUGGUUGGCCUCAGUGCCAUGUUUGGGGAAACGUUCACUCUGCCCACUCAGUUCCCUCGUAAAGACUGGACUAUGUUUAAUACAAGGUUGCAAGAGCGCCAUGAUAAAAAUCAGGAUGCUGCUUGUUAAGUACUUUUCACUUUUCUUUGUCAAGCAGAGAAGCAAAUCGGUUCGUGUAAACAAAAUGCCGUCCCAGAUGGUGAUUUCUCUUUAGAACAGACCCAGUGCUGCCCCAAAGGGAAGCAGGGAAUUCCCCCUGAAGCAUGGUUUCCUCUUUGCAGCACUGACAGCAUGGUUUGUGGUGCUGCGGGAUGAGGAUGAGGUUGCGAGUCGAUAACUUAAAAACGUCCCGCCCAACUAUUGAGUCAAAUGCACUGCUUCUGUCUGAACCGCUGACCCGACUCCUCAACUGUUAGCAUAUGUCCUCCCAGACAAACCAUAUGCGUUAUAAGCCCAAGUGAGUCAGCACACUGAAGGGAGAAAGCGGGUUGUGCAAACAUAAGAUAGUGUAGGAUAUCAAGAGACAGAUAGUCAAGGAUUUAUUUAGUUUUCAUCAAAUAUUGGCAUUGGUGGAAAGUCUCUCCUUCUGCAAGUGCACUUUUACUUUUGAAUGUUCAUGUUUUGUUUAUAUGCUGCAACUCUAGAAUUGUACAUUUUAUUUUACUUGAACAGUAUACUGUAAUAAAGAUUUUAAUUGUAGAUGUUAUCAUUUUUUGCUAAAUAACAACUGAGAUUCUUGAUUUGAUUUCCUUGUUUCUGCUGGCUGAGGUUUGUUUGUGUACCCUGCUGAGGUGUUUGUGGCAAUGAAAGGAUGUUCACUUCCUGAACUGUACAACCAUCAGCAGCAGCUCUGACAUUCAACAGGUGUCUUUUUUGUAUUCCCUUAUCAAGUCCUAUAAACGCUGUUGAGCCAGAGUCAACUGGAUUUCUCAUGUAUGUAUGUAUUGUACAGUUCAUUAUCAAAAUAGCCAUAUGAUAAGAAUCACUUCCUGUCUUGAUUUAAUCGUGAUGAACGCAAUCCUACUCAGUUGUUGCUUAGUAACUAAUGUAAUAUAAUCAACCCAAAAUACUACUGUACAUCUCAAGUAACAUAUGCUGUAAAUAAGAUUUGUCUAUUGUCCAUUAAGGGUGAGUGUUGCUCAUUGAUUGUAAUGAAUAUGCAAUUCCCAGUAAACUGCUUGUUUUUUUCAGUC